CUUCCUUCCCCGUGGCACGGCGGUCGCUUCACCCUUCCUCCUCCCUCCGCCCCCCCUCCUCUCCUCCAGGGCCCUUCUAGAAGCUUCCAGAACCCCGCUCCCCGGCCCUCCCGGUGAAGCGUCGCCGAUGUACGGCCUCCUGACCUCGCCGUGCCCCCGGGCCCCGCUGCUGCGCGCCGCCCUCCAGGGCCCAUCCGCCCGCUCGCUCCGCAGAACCCUAGCGUUCCCCGCGCGCCCGCCCGCCCCCCGGGUCCUCCGCCUGUCCCCGCCGCCCCCGCGCGCGGCGGCGGAGGCGUCCGCGGCCGCCACGGCGCUGGGCGGGCUCCUGGCGUCGCCGCUCUCGACGCUGGAGGCCGGCCUGCGGAGCGUCAACCUCGCGCCCCUGCGCGCCCCCGUGGCGGCGGCGAUGUCAGCUGCCGUGCGGUGGCUCGGCGUGUACCGCGAGGUGCUGCUCGUCGGCGUCCUGCUGUCCUGGUUCCCCAACAUCCCCUGGGACCGCCAGCCCUUCUCGGCCCUGCGCGACCUCUGCGACCCGUUCCUCGCCCUCUGCCGCGAGGUCAUGCCGCCGGUCUUCGGGCGCAAGCUCGACCUCAGCCCGCUCGUCGCGUUUAUGGCGAUUGACAUCAUCAUUAUGAUCCUGCGCCCGCAGCCUCGCAUGUGAUGGCUUCCUUCAGCAAUGGGAUUGGAGAAUGGUGGUUGGUAUGUUAGGUUUUGACUAUGGGAGCGAUGGAUCAUAGGCUAUUUUUGGUCACCGGAUGGCAAAGAAAGAUGCUGCUUAAUUCUAAGGCAAGAAAGUGGUGUUUACGGAUUAGCUUUGGGAUCCCAGUAUAGCUCUUACGAUCGUAGCUGUGCAAUAUGAAUGAUUCCGGGACGUUUGUAGACAAGUGUAGCCUUUAUGCUAAAACUUCCAUUUGUGACGUUCGAUGGUUGCAGUAGUCAUAUUAUGUGUUGGCUACAUAUUGCAGUUUUGCUCUGUAUCCAUCCAUUAUCUAGCAGUAUAAUUUGCAUCUUCUUUUUGUUGUGAUCCAGAUAAUUGGAUCUUGAGCAUGAAAGACAAAAGGGCCAAUUUGAAUUCAAGGAAUGUCCACAUGAUUCUGUUAUGA